AUGUCGCGUCAACCACCCCUUCCCAAUGGACUUCCUCCCCGACCUUCUGGAUCUUUCCAAGAUAGGGACAGAGAUGAUAGAAAUCAUACUCACAAUUACAAUACACGUAAUAACUAUCGUCGCGACACGGGUGGAGAUAAUUAUCGUCCUUCACCUCGACAAUCCGACAGUCAUGUCCCCCGCAGUGCAAAUCGCGAUCGCGAUCGCGAAAUGUAUCAAUUCGGUGGUCACAAUGCUCCUCCACCAGCCUAUGGAAAUUAUGCUCCUGGUGUUCAACCUCCUCGUCGUCCUGCUGCAGCUGGAGAUCCCUACCGUAUGAAUGAUGGUUAUCGCGCUCCACCCCCAGCCCCGAAUUUCGAUUUCCGUUACGAUGCACCACAAUCUAUCGAUUUCGAAAACGCCGGUAGAUAUCAGCCUCGCACCGAAGCUCGUACCAAUAAUCUUACCGGAAAUUCAGAUCGGAAUCAACCACAAGAUUUUCGUAAGGCUCGACGCGACAAUCCUCGUGGGCGUGGUGGUUACCGUGGUCGAAACGGUCCAAGAUUGGCAUCAGAUCGAGUUUUCUUGAAAGGAAAACGCUCACCUACUCCUGAGCUCAUGCCAGGUAUGAAUGAAGAUGCUACUACUGAUGCUAAAUAUAGAGACGUCGGCGACUUAUCCGACAGCGAUGAAGCUGAAAUGGAUAUGUCCGAUGACGACGACAAUAACGAUCAACCUAAGAAGAAGAUGGCUCGAACUGGUGCAAAGGCUGCAGAUGGUGACAGUGCUCCUAAGUGGUCGAACCCUGAUCCCUACACGGCCCUUCCACCACCAGGCGAAUCUGACCGAAAGAAAAAGGACGUCGUUAAGCUUAUUCGGAAAGCUCGUGUUACAUCUGGUGCAGAAGGUCCUGCCAAAACUGAUGCCGAUCAGGACGACUUCAUCUCUUUUGAUUUCAGUGGUGCCGGAGAUAUUGAUGGCGAAGAGGAUGAAUACGAGCCCCAGCCCUUCAAGCAGCCUGAAUCAGGUUCAAUUAAAUCUUUCAGUCACCUUGAAAACAUUCGACAAUUUGGCACUUCUCAACAACCACAAAGCUACGUUCAGGAGACUAAAGAAGUUGCCACUCAACCAAAGAGCUACAACGCCAUGCCCAUGGAUGUUAAUCAAACUCCAAAGAGAGAUUCCAAGCCAUUGGAUCUAUCAACUGAUCCCGCUCUAGGUAGCAGGAAGCGUACCGCUAACGAUGUGAUCAAGCCCCCACCACCUGUGAGUAAGCUCAUCCCUGGUAAACCUCCCCGAUCCAAAGGUGUCCUGCUUGCACAAUGGCGCGUUGAGCCUGGUCUGAACGACGCUCCUUGGCUUCAGGACCAUUCUGAUACCUCCAAUAUGGGAUUCUGGCUACAUAAAGAGAUCAUGGACUUUUACCAUUAUGUAAAACCCCGCAAGUUUGAACAUGUAAUUCGGAAAAAGUUACUUGUCGAUUUAAAGGAAACCUUUCGCAAAAGCUUUCACGAUUCUGAUAUCCUAGCUUUCGGCUCUUUCCCCGCAGGUCUAUAUCUCCCUACCGCUGAUAUGGAUGUCGUUAUGGUGUCAGACGAGUAUAUGAAUGGCGGAUACCCUAAAUACCACAACAAAAAUAGCAUCUGGCGAGUUAAAAGUUUUGUUGAAAAGGAACGUCUCAAUAUUGGCAGAAUCGAGGUGAUCGUUGGUGCGAAAGUGCCUCUCGCAAAAUGGGUCGAUGCUAUCACAGGGUUAAAGGUCGAUAUGUCAUUUGAAAAUGAGACAGGCCUCAUCGCAAACGACACUUUCCAAGAAUGGAAGGAUCAGUUUCCUGCAAUGCCAAUAUUGGUUACCAUCAUCAAGCAUUUAUUGGCAAUGAGAGGUCUGAAUGAGCCAGUUAAUGGUGGCAUAGGCGGAUUUUCUAUUACCUGUCUUGUCGUAAGUCUUCUACAGAACCUACCACAGAUCAAGAGUGCAACUAUGAUACCAGAACAUCAUCUCGGCGAGGUCUUGAUGGAGUUCCUCGACCUGUACGGUAAUGAGUUUAACACGCGUACUACUGCCAUUUCGGUGAACCCGCCUAAACUUUUCCCCAAAUCUGAGGCUCGCGAUCUCGUCUACAAAGAUCUUUCUAAGCCAAAGUUCUCAAUAGUUGACCCAAACAGAGCCGAUAACGAUAUCGCAGGUGGUUCAUCAAAUACUCCUGCGAUUCAAGAUUGCUUUUCUGCUGCCUAUUCUGCUUUACAACAGAGCAUGAACACGUUGCAAAACUCUGAUCUUAAGACUCGCCGAAAUCAAAGUCUCCUUCGGUGUGUUAUUGGUGGAAACUAUGAAUCCUUCCGGCUUCAACGAGAACACCUUGCCCACAUACAUGAAAGAUUGGUUGGUCCAAUUGAAGACGAGUGA